UCAGCUAAAGAAAUCGACGUUUAUAGAGAACCAUGAAUAAAACAGUCAACUGUCAAAUUGUCUAUUAGAGAUGUGCUAACUCGAAAUCAACAUGACACGAGUUAACUCGAGUUAAAAUUCAGGUAACUCGAGUUGACUCGAGUACCUGGAUUAAAGUUUUUUUUUCGAACAAUUCAAAUGAUUUUGGCCGCAGCUGGCCUUGAAAGCUUCACCGAACUUUAGGGGGCGAGUAGAAAUGGCACUUUAAAACCGCGGAAGAACGUAACUGGAACGCAUAAUAAUUUUAUUGAAAACAUAAUCAGACGAAUAUGCGAAAAAAAAAUGGUAACAACCUCAAAUCAAUAUUGAAAUAUUUGUGAAAUAAUCGAAAAAUUUCAUGUCAUUGUCAGUUCGAUGACAGAAUCAUGCUCUCGCUCUUUCACUUGAUUCAUUCAUUUACCAGUUGAAUUCUUCCAAUUCAGUUAGCAUAAUUCAACUCGAGUUAACUCGAAUUAUGCGCAACUCGAGUAAACUUGAGUUAGUAACUCUAGUUAAUACAUCUCUAUUGUCAAUGACAAAAUUGACAAACAAAACAAACUGAAAAUUUCACAUGCUUAAUAAUUUAAUAUAUUUAAACUGAAAGGAAAAGUAUUUAAACGUUAUUGAGUCAUCGUGAUAAACCAUGAAAGUUGAAAAAAAAAAUCGAUACUUCGAUGUAGACGGCGAAAAGUCUUCAAGUAAUGCUGAAACAGACAAAAAUGAUAACAUUCAAGUCUUUAAUAUUAAAAUAAGACCAGGAUACCAACCGCAGCGAAAUCAAAAAUAUACUAAAAAUAAUAGAAAUGAUAAAAAUUAUGUCAAAAAUAAAAAGGUGUUUAAGGGAAAAGCUCCAAUAGAUAAACAAAAGUUAAACCAAUACUCCCGAGGUGAAGGGCUUGGGAAGGGUGUGAGACAUCCAUUAUAUGCUGCAAAACUAAAAAAAAGAGAGCGCAAAUACAAUUAUGCCGAAGAAGAAGCUGCCAGGGCUGAGAUAUUGCUAACAGAAGAGUCAGGCUUUUUAGAUGUUGGGAAAGGCAGGAAGACUACAACAAUAACACAAGAUAUAAUAGCUAAGAAUGUGGACAUAGCUGCAGCUACUAAGAUAUUUGAUUUGAAAUUAGAUUUUGGUUCAUAUAGAGCAAAAUAUUCACGCAAUGGCAGACAUUUACUUCUUGGAGGCAGAAAAGGACACUUGGCGGCUUUUGAUUGGUUCACAAAGAAGUUGCAUUUUGAAAUAAAUGUUAUGGAAUCAAUACAUGAUAUAAGCUGGCUGCACAUAGAAACAAUGUUAGCUGUGGCACAAAAAGAAUGGUUAUAUAUUUAUGACAAUACGGGUACUGAAAUACACUGCUUGAAAAAUAUGAACAAGAUUUUACGAAUGGAAUUCUUGCCUUAUCACUUCUUGUUAGCGGCUGUGAAUGAAUUUGGUUAUAUGACAUGGCUGGAUGUAUCCAUUGGAGAAGUUGCAGGCAGUUAUAACAAUCGCUCAGGGAGGUCGUCGGUAAUGACGCAAAAUCCUUACAAUGGUACUAUUUGCUUAGGCAAUUCACAGGGACUUGUUUCUUUAUGGUCACCAACUGUUAAAGAUCCCUUGGCGAAAAUAUUGUGCCAUAAGACGCCAGUAACGGCGGUUGCUGUGGAUACAAGAGGAUUGUACAUGGCCACCUCGGGAGUUGACUGCAGUAUGAAGAUAUGGGACAUAAGAAAUCUAGAUGGCCCCCUGCAACAUUACAGAUUAAAAAGUGCUCCAGUUGAGUUGGAAUUUUCACAAAAAGAUAUGUUGGCUGUUGGACUUGGAGAAGUUGUAGAAGUUUACAAUGAUUGCUGUACUAAAACAGUAAAUAGACCUUAUUUAAGACACAGAAUGUGUAAAUCCAUUGAUAAUUUCAAGUUCUGUCCUUAUGAGGAUGUGUUAGGAAUUGGAACGAGUGGUGGUUUCGCCAGUAUCAUUGUACCAGGAUCUGGAGAACCUAACUUCGAUGCUUUGGAAAGCAAUCCAUUCCAAACCAAAAAACAAAGAAAAGAAGCAGAAGUUAAAGCAUUACUUGAGAAAAUCCCUGCUGAGCUUAUUACACUCAAUCCUUAUGAAGUCACAGAAGUUGAUGUACCUAGUAUGCAAGAUAAAAUGGAGGCCAAGAAAAAGCUUUUGCACCUGAAACCCAAAAAAGUUGAUAUUACUCCGCGGCGAAAGAAUAAAGGUAAAACUAACAUCGCGAGGAAGAAAAUUAUUAAAGAUACUACUAGAAAAGAAUUCAUUACACAAGCCAUAGAAGCACGGAAAAUGUUGGAUAUACCAGAAAAACAAACUACCCCACAGCAAUCAUUUGGCGUUCUAGACCGAUUUGUAUCUAAACCUAAGAAAUAA